AUGGCCUCUAUAGCACCAUCCAGUCCUCAUUCGCGUCUGUCUGACGACAAUCCAGCAUUCACCUAUGGCACGGCUUGGAAGAAAGACCAGACUAAAUUGUUAGUCAAAGAAGCGCUCAGGCAAGGCUUCCGACGCGUCGAUACAGCUGCUCAGCCCAAACACUACCAGGAAGGCUUAGUCGGCGAGGCGCUGCGCGAGGCGUACAGCGAAGGGACGGUGUCGCGAGAGAAUGUCCACAUUCAGACAAAAUACACUACGCCAGCGGGACAAGACCUGGAUGAUAUGCCAUACGAUCCUAACGAGUCCUUGGAGAACCAACUGCACACCUCAAUCGCGUCAUCUCUCUGGAACCUGCGGCCAACGCAAAAUUCAGAAGACGGUUCCUAUGUAGACUGCUUACUGCUCCACUCGCCGCUAACGACACUGGAUCAGACGCUUCAAGCCUGGAGUGUAUUGGAGACCUAUGUACCGCACCAGAUCAAGGCGCUCGGUAUCUCGAACGUCACCCUUCCAGUCCUGCGCGAGAUCUACAACGCGUCGACAAUCAAGCCUUCGGUUGUGCAGAACCGCUUCUAUCCCCAGACUCGCUACGACGGACCGCUGCGGGCGUUUUGCAGGGAGCAUCGAAUUACGUAUCAGUCAUUUUGGACCUUGACUGGCAAUCCAAAGUUGUUGAGGUCGAAACCCGUAGCUGAACUGGCGCGGGCAGCAGAGGUCGCGGUUCCGAUUGCACUGUAUGCGCUGGUCAUGGAUCUCGGUGUCGAAGUGCUGAAUGGAACAACGUCCGCGGCGCACAUGAAGGACGAUCUCCAGGGCGUUCGACAGGUGCGCAACUGGGCAUCAUCUAACGCAAGUCAGUGGGCGACUCUUGGUAGAUCGUUUGCUGAGUUGGUUGGGCCUGGUCUGUUGCAAGCAUAA